AUGGGUUUUGAAGGAAGGGAACCUGGGCUGGCAGCUGUUGUUACUUUGGCCUCUUCACUUGACUAUACAUCUUCAAACUCAUCAUUGAAACUUCUCCUGCCACUUGCUGACCCUGCACAGGCUCUCAAUGUUCCUGUUGUUCCUCUGGGGCAUUACUGGCAGCAGCUUACCCUCUUUCAUCACAUCCUCCCUAUGUCUUGUCCUGCAGAGGACAUGAUGCACCCAGAGUUGUUAAAGAAGCUUGUCCUGAAUAAUUUUUUGAACCUGAAGGGUCUGAUUGUACCUGGCCUGGCAGGUACCAUACCUGCUAAAUUAAUCUUGCAGAUGACAACAGCUUUGCGAGAAGGUGGGCUGUGUAACAGAAGUGGCACAUUUUUCUACAAGGAUCACCUUUAUAAAAGCAAAGUUCCCGUCUUAGCCCUUGCAGGAGAUCGGGACCUAAUAUGCCCACCUGAAGCUGUCUAUGAUGCUGUAAAACUCAUUCAUGAGGAUUUGGUUACCUAUAAAGUAUUUGGAGAACCAGAAGGUCCACAUUAUGCUCAUUAUGAUUUAGUGGGGGGACGACUG